GGUAGAGAUACCCGAGGCUCGAUUUCCACCACUAACGAAAUAGCUAUGGUGGAAUGAUCUUUUCUCUGAAUAUGCAGAGGGUGUGGAGAGCAAGAGAGGAUGGCGGGUAAGAUGGCAAAGGUCGGCAAGGUAGAGAGCUAUUAUUACAGGAUUGAGGCCGCACUCAUGGCCUGCUGUGGUUAUUCUGACUCUUCUUGCAUUCGGUGAACUCCUUACCAGUAAACAGCAAGAUCACUCUGCUAGACAUCUGUGGGCGAGGGAUUCUGAGAGAUUUUCUCCUGCAACGAGCAUGAUCAGGCUGCGCGCCCGUCCAGGUCAACGACGAGUGAAAUAAGCGACUUUUGGUCGUCUCGCAUCGCUAUCAGGCUGUCGGAAGCCACAGGUCGAGAAUAUCCAACACGCUCCUCGAUUAGCGACAGCACGAGAUUGUCCGGUACUGCUUGACGGACAUACGACACCGACCACAGCAGAUAUCUACCCAGGUCGCCCGAAGGACAAAACGUGUCACAAUGUAUCCAUCAGCACCAGAUCAUCGCCCACUCUUGGUCAACCUCCUCCUCGCUCUCGCCCUGACAUCUCUCCUCGCCGACCCCGUCGUCGCUCAACAACCCGACCAAACCCUCGUCAGCUGCUCCGCCAUUCCCGGUUGUUCAUCGUCGACCGGAUGUACCGUGGGCAAUGCCACGAACGCAUUCCUCGGCGCAACCUCUUUCAACGCCAGCCUUCCGCAAGCAUCCUCAUCCUCGUCCACGUCCACAGACUCCGUGGAGCUAACAUGGACCGUCGGCGCUCUGUCUUCGACCUCGUCAUCCGCGGCAGACACCCUUUUCACCAAGAACUUCUACCUCGGCUACCCACCGUCGUUGUCCCUCGCCAGCGAGACCAGUUUCACCGGAUGCGCAUUGUUUUUCGAAGGCAUUGCGCGCAGUAUAUCACUCAACGGCAGCGAGUACGGGAGUAUGACGUGCAGCCAGACUCUGGGAGCCCAGUGCGUGAGUGAUCUUCUGAGCCAGGCGAAGGCGCAGGUUCAGAGCCUUGCGAAACAGGGCGGUGCCGGGGAUGAUGGCACCUGUGCAAAUCUGCAGGAUACAAUGGAGCGCAAUCCGCCACAGAGCUGUUGGGGGACAGCUAUGGUGACGUGGGGGAGCGUUGUUGCUCAGGAUCUCACUGGGCCCAACGCCCCAGUGACGCCCACGACAGAGGGGACGUGUCACCCGUCCAUCGCCGGCAAGGGGUACACCGUUGCACUGAUCGAGAGCCAAACUGUGCGGUCGGAGGAUGUAUCGAGCGACCAUGCGCCGUUCUUUUACUCCGUCACACCCGUUAUCAGUGUCUUUUACCAAUCAGGCUCAGAGCCGAAGGCGUAUAUGUCGUGUCUGAAAGUGGUCGACGAAGAUGCGACUAGAUCCGGUUCUGGAAGUGGUGGUGUCGUUUCGACGCAGACAUCCAACGGUGCUUCCGGAGGAGGUCCGUCAACCGUUUCGCUGGCAUCUUUUGCUUGGGCCAUACUCGGCUUGGGCGUUGUUAUCCUCAUGUCGGGCUGGGUGUGAAGGUCUUUCGUUCAUGGGCAGGCAUAUGAUACGACGAUGAGAGUUAUGAUCCAACUGUCGGGGUUCCAGGCACAACCGAACCUCGCGCCGGACCUUUACGAUUUAGAUGGACGUCCUGGCAUGGCUACGUCUUACGACAUUGGGCUCCACGCUACCAAACCAUUCCUCAAUCGACUCGACCACGAAGUUUCUUUCUCUGGGACACAUUACUAAUCCGCCCAAAUUUCAUUCGCGACAGACAUCUAGCUGGACAAUACGCGAAAUCGCUUUCAAAACUAUAGGGGUCUGAGCCUGGAGAUCAAAAAUGGUCUCCUUGAACGCUUUGAUUCUACCAGAGGGCUUUGCCUUCAACUUCGGGUGGAUGGAUGCUCAACAUCUAAUCCACGCAAAGACCACUUCAAAACACGUCUUACGGAGCACUCGGCUCUGGCAGAUACUUUUUCUCCAUCUUUCGCAUCACUGCGUCGCCCUGCAGAGCAAAAACAUCCGAUACGGGCGCAAUCUGGCCCUCCACGCCAGCAAUCCCAUUAUCCUGUACAAUUUGCCGGAAAGUGUGUCGCAUGGCCGCGACCGUGGCUCGAAUGCUGUGAUUGCCACAGAUGAUCAGACGCACUUUACCGUCGGUCAGCCUCGAAAUCUCUUCGAAUGAGAGCUGUGGAUAACUGGUCGGCACCACUACCAAGGGCACUCCGUUUCGUGGCCAUGCGCGACAGAACGAGAUCAUCUCGUCCGGUGCCUUUUGCUUGCUGUGAAUCAGAAUCGCAUCUGCUCCGGCGUCCGCAUACGCAAGGGCCCGCUUCAAUGCUUCCUCUUGGCCCAACCCGGCAAUCAGCGCCUCGGUGCGCGCAAUGACCAGCAUGGACCCCAAGUCUUUCGCGGCGGCGAUUUUGCCUCGAAACUCAUAGAUGGAAACUAACGAUUGUCGACCAUCUAUCCGAAGACUACUGUCCUUGGGGAAUGUUUUGUCUUCGAUCACGACGGCAGCAACCCCGGCGGCCUGGUAUCGUGGGAUCGCGUACGCAAGAUUAAUGGCAUUUCCAAAACCUGUGUCUAGGUCGGCGAUGGUAGGGAGGUCUUGCACCUCACCCAUCGCCCUGGUGGUCUCGAGGUGGAUGCUCGGCGAAACGAUGCUCGCGUCGGGAACGGCGUAUGACGCGGACAGUUCGAACCCGCUGGCCCAAAUUGCAUCGAAGCCGUCGGUCUCUGCGACUAUCUUGGCCGAGAGAGGGUUGUGGGCAGCCAUGGCGAUUGCCGGUCCAUGAGCUCCUCCGCGAAUUUUGGCGCGCAAGGCGUCGAUUCUCCUUUGUGCGGCCAUCGAGGUGGACGCCUUCGGCAAUGGUAUACUUUUGUGACGACGCUGUCGCGCCACAGGUUGGUAAGAUAUGAAUGAAGGAAGAUUAGAUGCAAGAAGAUGUGGCCGCAGGAAUUUGUAUAUCAAAAUGGAAGCCGAGCACGCGACCGCUAAAUUGCAAGGGAAGUGUUUUGGACAGACAGAACAAUUGGGAUACCCUGUCUCCUGGUCUCCUGGCACUCCCUUUCCUUUCCGAGUUAACCGCCUCGGGGGUGGGCUUCCGAACACGCUCCACUGCUGCAUCCGAGGCCGUAAAGCCAUGAUCCAGCGGCUACUUCCCUUGUGUAAGAAUCUAUUC